AUGUUCCAGAACAUAUGCGCCAUCCCGCUUGACCACGACCUGUUUACUCAGGCGGUCCAUCCGGAGGAGCCAAUUGUGUCUGUUGGUCUCUCUUCAGGCCAUGUCCAGACGUAUCGCCUGCCUGCAGGCGCAAGCGACGACGACGAUGAGACUUUAGCUUCAGAAAGUGGCUUUGGGCAUAUAGAGACUGCGUGGAAAACGCGACGACACAAAGGCAGCUGCCGUGCGCUAGCCUUUGCUAUCGAUGGCUCGCAACUGUACUCAGCUGGCACGGAUGGCAUCGUGAAAGCUGCAGAUACAGCGACCGGCAAUGUCGUUGCGAAAAUCGCUGUCCCCCUUGAUCCCACCUCUAAUGCGGUUGACGCGCCGUCCCUCAUCCAUGCACUCUCACCGCAGACCCUUCUUCUGGGGACCGACUCCUCAGCGCUCCACCUCUACGACCUCCGCGCCCUCGGCCCGAAAGCCAAUUCUAAGCCCGAACAAACGCAUCACCCACAUGAUGACUACAUCUCGUCCAUCACGCCGCUACCACCGAGCGCCGCAAGCACGAGUGGCUUUAGUAAACAAUGGGUUAGCACGGGAGGUACCACAGUGGCUGUCACAGACCUUCGACGGGGUGUAAUGGUACGGAGCGAAGAUCAGGAAGAGGAGCUUUUGUGCUCAGUCAUGGUUUCAGGCCUUUCAAAGAAAGGUUCCAGUGUCGGUGAAAAGGUCGUUGUCGGAGGCGGCAAUGGUGUCCUGACUCUCUGGGAACGGGGAGUCUGGGAUGACCAAGACGAGCGCAUCACCGUUGACAGGUCACCUGGGGGCGGAGAGAGCAUAGACUCGAUGGCACUCUUGCCCCAAGGCGUCGGGCCCGGCGGCAAAGUAGUCGCGGUGGGCUUGGGCAAUGGUGCCCUGCGCUUUGUCAAGAUCGGAGCGAACCAGGUUAUUGCCGAGUUAUCGCAUGAUGAGUUGGAGAAAGAGGCCGUGGUUGGUCUUGGCUUCGAUGCUACAGGCAGGAUGAUCAGUGGAGGCGGCAGAAUGGUCAAAAUAUGGGGCGAAGCGAGCAUAUAUGGGCAUCAGGAGGAGCGCGAAGAAGAAGAGGCCGAAAACGGCGUCGCGGGGGCAAAGCACUCGCGUGAUAGUGAGGACGAGGAUAGCGAUGAAGAGAUGGAUGAUAGCAGCGAUGAUGAGCGACCCUCGCAGAAGCGGAAGAAGAGGAAGAAGGGCAAGGGCGGGAAGCAACAGCAAAAGCACGGUAUCCUGGGCUUCUCUGGAUUGGAUUGA